CGGCCGCGUAGAGUUCUGGGACUUGAAGUCCGCGGCCUGUUUUACCCAAGUUAGAUCUAGGGGCCUGUGGAAACAUGAAGAGGGUAAAUAGCUGUGUCAAGAGUGAUGAGCAUGUCCUGGAGGAGCUGGAAACAGAAGGGGAGAGGCAGCUGAAAAGCCUCCUUCAGCAUCAACUUGAUACCUCUGUCUCCAUUGAGGAAUGUGUAUCUAAGAAAGAGAGCUUUGCUCCUGGUACUAUGUAUAAGCCCUUUGGGAAGGAAGCAGCUGGGACUAUGACUUUGUCCCAGUUCCAGACACUGCAUGAGAAGGACCAGGAGACUGCUUCUCUCAGGGAACUGGGGCUCAAUGAAACAGAAAUCUUGAUUUGGAAGAGCCAUGUUUCAGGUGAAAAGAGGACAAGACUUAGGGCAACCCCUGAAGCAAUACAGAACCGUCUUCAAGAUAUUGAGGAAAGAAUCUCAGAGCGUCAGCGCAUCCUUUGCCUGCCACAGAGAUUUGCAAAGAGCAAACAGCUGACCCGGCGAGAAAUGGAAAUAGAAAAUUCUUUAUUUCAGGGAGCUGAUCGUCACUCUUUCCUCAAGGCUCUUUAUUACCAAGCAUACCACAAAAAGACAAGUGCAGACAAGUACAUGACCUCAAUGAAGAGGAAGAUAAAAUUAGGCACAAAAGAUGAACCCCAAAAGAAGAACAAAGGUGAUCCCAUGAACAAGCUGGAAAGUUUUUACCAAGAGAUGAUAAUGAAAAAGCGUCUUGAAGAGUUCCAACUAAUGAGAGGUGAACCCUUUGCUUCCCACUCACUGGUCUCAGCUACAUCAGUGGGAGAUAGUGGCACAGCUGAGAACCCGUCAUUACUCCAGGACAAGGGAAAACAGGCAGCACAGGGUAAAGGUCCCAGUCUCCAUGUGGCAAAAGUUAUUGAUAAUUCACCUGAGCAGUGUUGGACUGGGCCUAAGAAGCUGACGCAGCCAAUAGAAUUUGUCCCAGAAGAUGAGAUCCAGAGAAAUCGUUUGUCAGAGGAAGAGAUCCGAAAAAUUCCUAUGUUUUCUUCAUAUAAUCCAGGGGAGCCAAACAAGGUGUUAUACCUGAAGAACCUUAGCCCUCGGGUGACUGAAAGAGAUCUUGUCUCAUUAUUCGCUCGGUUCCAGGAAAAGAAAGGACCUCCAAUUCAAUUCCGAAUGAUGACUGGACGAAUGAGGGGGCAGGCUUUUAUCACUUUUCCCAAUACAGAAAUAGCAUGGCAAGCAUUGCGUCUAGUAAAUGGAUAUAAGCUACGUGGGAAAAUAUUGGUGAUAGAAUUUGGAAAGAACAAAAAGCAAUGGCCAGAUCUCCAGGCUGCUUCUCUAAUAUCAUCUACUACAGAUAAUACUACUGAAAUCAGUGGCAGUUAGAAGAUACAAAAAUUGUGAGUCCCAGGAGGUCUUUUUUACGUCAGAAUUUUGGAUCUAGGGUUUUUGUAUAGAUAACAGUUUGUUUGGAAUUGAAGAAGAGAAACUGAGGGAGAGAAAGCAAAAUUAAGAUAAUCCCUUUUAGCUUUUGGAAAGAAUUGGCAGAAUACAUUUUCUAUAAUCAAAGAUUAUCUAGGAUAGACAAUAUAAUGAGUGUAGAGGGCUGUGUAUAAAAAGUAUCAUUUUCUCAGGAUAAAUUACAGUAGAUUACUUCCAAGGAUUUUUUAAAUCAUUGUAAUUUAUAUUAGGUCUUAUAUAUUUGUCCCUAGAGAUGACAUUCUUUCCAAGACUGCCUCCUAUAUAUAUAUAUAAAACUAAAAAACUAAUUAAACGUUGAAAUAUUUAUAUCUAGAUCCCACUUGUCCCUAAUUUUAUUCACCUAGUAAAUAAGUGACCAGGGGCCUAAACAUCAGCAAAUGCUGUUGAAUUAGACCUUCAGCAGUAACAGUAGGUAGUUUUCAUAGGUUAGUCAGCAAAUAUUUAAUGCACACUUCCCUAUUAAGUUAUCAGUGUCUUCAAAAAUCUGUUCAUUUUUUCUAAUGAAAGAAUUUAGAUCAAAACAUUAGUGUUCUCACAAUCAUUUACACUAGCUAUCAUUUAAUAAUGAUUGAAUUCAAAGCAAUAAGCAUUGAAUCAUCGUCAGUACAUGUUAGGGAUUAAAUAUAUGAAUUUUAGAAGAGGAACAUACUAGCAAAGAAUACCAAAGGAGGGUAGAAAGAAAGAGCUUUCUAGAAGAGAGGCAGCCAGCCCCAAGUCCCCCAGUUGUUUGUUUAUAGUUGCUGGAGAAUAGAAAAAUGACAUGAUAUAGAGGAAGUAGUAUAAACUUUGGAAUCAGACCUGUUUGAACUUCACAGCCAUAUUUAACCAAUCUGUGACUUUGGCAAGUCAUUAAAUCUGAGCCUCAUUUUUUUAUCUAUAAAAAUGAGGAUAGUGAUAUUACUUCAUUGGGUUGUGAUGAUUAAAUGUGAUUGUAUCCAGAAUGAAGAUCAGAAAGAAAAAAGAAUGAAAACAUAACAGAGCAUAGAACCAUCAAGCACUCUAAUGUACUUGUAAUGGGAAUAUCAGAGAAAGAAAGGAGCAGAAAAAAAUAUUCCAAUAAAUAAUGGCUGUAAACACCCCAAAUUUGAUAAGAAACAUUAUCUACACAUCCAAGAGAUCGCAAUGAAUCCCAAGUAAGAUAAACAAGAAACCCACAAACACACCACAAUAAGAAUGCUAAAACCCAAAGACGAAACUUUUGAAAGCAAAAUGAGAUAGAUGAAGCAUCAUUUACAAGGAAACUUCAGUAACAGAUGACUUCUCAUCAAAAACAAAGGAGGUGGCAGUGGGAAAAUUUACUCAAAGUGUUGAAAUGAAAAAGAACUGUCAACAUAGAUUCCAUAUUCAAUAAUGCUGUUUUUCAAAAAUGAAGAUGAAAUAAAGACACUCCCACACAGUCAAAAACUGGGAGAAUAUGUUGCUGUCAGACCUGACUAGCAGGAAAUAUCAAAGGAAGUUCUUCAGGUAGAAAGCAGGUGACCUCAGACAGUAAUUUGAAUCUACACAUACAGAAAAUUAGCACUGGUAAAGGUAAUUAUGUAAUUAUAAAAGAUAGUCAAAAUAUAUUUUUCUUUCUUAAUUGAUUUUAAAAGCUAUUUUAUCAAGCAAUAUAUAUGUAAUUGCAUUAUUGGAUCUAUUACAUAUAAAACUAAUAUAUUUACCAAUAGCAAGACAAAGGUAGAAACAAAGCUGUACUGAAUUAAUGACUCCAGGUGGUAACUCAAAUCCCUAGGAACAAAUGAUGGAAACAAGAAAUAGGAAAUAAGAAGGUUAAUAUAAAAAAGCUGUAAAUAAUAUACUUGCUCUUUCUUCUGUCAGCUUCUUUAAAAGACAUAAAAUUAUAUUAAGUAAUAAUUAUGAUGACAUAUUACUGGGUUUAUAACAUGUAGAGAUAACACUACUAACAAUAAUAUCACAAAAAAUGAGAAAAGAAAUAGAUUUACAUAAGAAUAAGGUUUUCAUAUCUCAUUGGAAUUUAGUUAGUAUAUAGCUGAAUCCAGUUAAGAUGUGUAUGAUAAACCCUAGAGCAACCACUAACAAAAUAGCUAAAAAUAUAUAGUAAAAAUAUUAAAUACACUUAAAUGUCUUAUUAGAAAAUGUCCAAUGCAAAGGAAAGUAAAAAGAGGAAUGGGGAAAUAAAAACUUGAGACAGAAGUAUGAAUGGAUUAAAUAAUCUAGUCAAAAGGCAGAGAUCAUCAAAUGGGAAAAACAAACAAGACUUACCUCUAUGCUAUUUAUUGUAGUCACACUUUAGAUUCAAAGAUACAGAUUGAAGGUUAAAGGAUAGAAAUAUCAGGCAAAUGGCAAUUAUAAGAAAGCUGGAGUGGCUAUACUAUUAUCUAAAGUCUAUUUAAAAUGAGCUUUAAAGCAAAAAAAAAUUUCUGUAGAUAAUGACAUCUAUUAUAAGCACAUAUGCAUCUAACAAGAGUACCAAAAUGCAUGAAUCUAAAACUGAAAUGAAUGGAUGAACAUAAAAGUAUACAACAAAAAGUGGGGGAUUGAGUAUCCCAUUUUCAUUAAGAACUAGACAGAAUUAUGAACAAAGGAAUAGAAGACUUGAAUAAUGCUAUAAAUCAACUAGACCUUAAAGAUACUUAUAGAACCCUUCACCUAACAAGAGCAGAACACACAUUAUUCUUAAAUGCAUAUGAAACAUCUCCAGGAUGGACCAUACCACAUUUUGUUGUUGUUGUUGUUGUUCAGUCACUCAGUCUUGCCCAACUCUUUGCAACUCCAUGGACUGUAGCACACCAGGCAUCCCUGUCUUUCACUAUUUACCAGAAUUUGCUCAAAUACAUGUCCAUUGAGUCAGUGAUGCCAUCCAACCAUCUCAUCCUCUAUUCACUUCUCCUCCUGCCCUCAAUCUUUCCCAACAUCAGGGUCUUUUCAAAUGAGUUGGCUCUUCAAAGUAUUGGAGCUGCAGCUUCAGCAUCAGUUCUUCCAAUGAAUAUUCAGGGUUGAUUUCCUUUAGAAUUGACUGAUUUGAUCUUCUUGUAGUCCAAGGGACUCGUAAGAGUCUUCUCCAGCACCACAGUUUGAAAUCAUCUGUUCUUCAGCACUCAGCCUUCUUUAUGGUCUAGCUCUCACAUCCAUACAUGACUACUGGAAAAAUCAUAGCUAUAUCACAUACCAUGAAACAAAUCAUGGUAAAUUAAAGUGGAUCAAACUAUGCAAAGUAUGUUCUCUGACCAUAUAGAAUGAAACUCCUGUUAGAAAUCAAUAAUAGAAAGUCAGCAGACACAAAUAGGAAUUAGAUACACUUUUAAAUGACCAAUAUGUCAAAGAAGGAAUUACAAGGUUAAUUUGAGAUGAGUGAAAAUGAACAUACAACAUCCCAAAACUUAUGGGACGUACCUAAAGCAAUGCUUAGAGAAAAAUUUAUAAGUGUAAAUGCCUGUAAUUAAAAAGAAGAAAUAUCACAUAUCAAUAACCUCACUUUGUACAUUAAGACUCUAUAGUGAAACAGAUCACCAGCCCAGGUGGGAUGCAUGAGACAAGUGCUCGGGCCUGGUGCACUGGGAAGACCCAGAGGAAUCGGGUGGAGAGGGAGGUGGGAGGGGGGAUUGGGAUGAGGAAUACAUGUAACUCCAUGGCUGAUUCAUGUCAAUGUAUGACAAAACCCACUGCAAUGUUGUGAAGUAAUUAGCCUCCAACUAAUAAAAAUCAUUGAAAAAAAAAAAGACACUGGACAAAGAGAAGAAAACUAACUAGAAAAAGCAGAAGGAAGGAAAUAUGAAAGAUUAGAUAAGUAAAUGGCGUAGAGAAUAAAAAGUUAAUGAAACCAGAAGUUGGCUCUAUGUAAAGACCAACAAAAUUGAAAAACCUUUCACUAGGUUGGCCAGGGAAAAAAGACUCAAAUUGCUAGGAUCAGAAAUGAAGGAGGGAACA